AUGUGGAGAAUGAAGAAGAGUAUAAGGGGAUGCAUAUCAUGUAUCCUGCCAUGCGGAGCACUGGAGGUGAUACGAAUAGUUCACUCUGAUGGCAGAGUUGAAGAAAUCACCGCUCGCACCAUCAAGGCUGCUGACGUCAUGAGAGCUCAUCCUAAGCACGUCCUCAAGAAUCCUUCUUCCCCCGACCUCCUCGUCGUUCCUCCCUACGCUGACCUCCGUCGCGGCAACAUCUACUUCCUCGUUCCCCUCCCUCCCAACCAACACGCUGCACCAGCAGAUCAGAAACUCUCCAACCCCACUCACACAAGCUCUAGCAGACCCCACCGUCUUACUCUCUGGAAGCCUCACCUCGACACCAUCUCUGAGGACACUUUUAUUCAUUCAUUAUUCAUGGUUAACUCUCCACCCACAAGUAGUCCUCUGAUUUACAAAGUUCCAAUGCAUGAGAGUAACUGUGGCUGCGAUAAAUGGCUAGUAGUGCCAUUGGCAUCCUGUAAAGCUGAUAUGUGA